CAGAAACAUAAAACCUGAAGGAAACCUACACCCUCGUAAAACUAAAGUAUCACAAUAUAGUAACCAAAACUUUCAAUCUCCUCUCUACCUUUUCUGGCAGACAUUCGCUAAUAUCAUACCAUGGCCACCCCCACCCCUCCAAGACUUAACCAUGUCUUCCAUCUCCGUUGCCACAUAGGCAAAGACACCAUCAACGCGGGCCAAUACUGUUCCGGUCCACACCGACGCAUCACCACGCUCGAAGGAGGUUUCCUACGAGGUAUCCCUGGAACCCGGGGCGACGGCCUCGACGUAACUCUCGUCGCCGGCGGAAGUGAUUGGAUACUCUUUGACGAGAGCACAAACACGGCGCACCUGGAUGUGCGAACACAGGGCCGCACGAAAGAUGGCCAGUGCGUGUACAUUCAUUAUAGUGGAUAUUCGAAAAUAGAUGAGGCUGCGCAGCAAUUCAGGAGCUGGAGCCCAGAUGCGAAGACGACCGAGUUUGGGCAGCAUCACUGGUGGAGUGCGCCGAACAUUGAAGUUAGUGAUCACAACUUUAAAUGGGUUGCUACAACGCUAUUCAUUGGCCGGGGCCGUUGGUUUAGGGAGGGGGAUAUCCAGGCUGUGGAAUAUGAGAUUUUUGAGGUCGCUCACUAGGUCAUUCAGGCCUAUCGAGGAGCCCCAUGUACAUUAAGAUGAAUAUUUAGAGUGGUCUGUUUCCCUGGUAUCAGUUUGGCCCCUGCGCCAGUAACCAGGGCAUUACUUAUGUUUGAGCUCGAAGCGUUCUCCAUGUAAUUAAAUGAGAUAACCAGUCUUAGAUUCUUGCCAGCAAGAAAAAGGUCUCCCC